GCAGGAACAACGUCGUCGCCGUCAAUGCCAAUCCUUGAUGGGAGAAGAUGACAGCAAGGAGGAGGUGGAGGGAGACUUGCUGGGGACCCUAAGCCCUAGAGCAGAGAAGGGCUCCAAGCGUUGGCUUCGCAGAGCGUUUGCGCUCAUCUACACCAGAGCCAACGUGGUGUUGACCCCUGCAUACCUGGCCUACCACAUACUGUUGGCGCCGUUCCUUCACAUCACCGCCAUCGUGCUCUUCGCCGCCAGCAGCAAGCGCCACCACAACACCAUCGACGUGAAGAUCACCUACGUGCUCCUCUGCCUCACCGCCGCGCUGGACAUCCUUGCGGAGCCCAUCCGGCAGCUGCUGUUCAAGCUCAUGUCCAUGGCGGAUGUCGCAGCGCUAUGCGAGACAGUCCCCCAAUACAAUAACCUCAUCCGGUCAGCUCUCCAAAGGACACAGCCUGCUGGGGUCUUGCUCAAGUGUGCCGCACAUGUCGGCUACACACAGGGAUUCUUCGUUUGCCAACGCAAGAACCUGUACCACAUGCUGGCCGGGUUGAUCUUCUCCGACCUAGUGGAGGCGAAUGCCAAGGGUCUCGACUUCACCAGCUACCGAAGCUUCGCGCCGGGGCGCCGCAACUGGGUGCUCAAUGAGAACCUGCGCAAGGUAUGCGGCCUAGAGGUACAGGGCAGCCUGCGUGGGUCCUUUGAUAGGGGUGUCAUCCUCUGGCACAUCGCCACUGACCUUUGCAUGCGCCGCAUGAUGGCUGAAAACACCAUCGACGAGAUUGACAGGAAAUUUCUCGAGUGCACGGAGGCGAUAUCGGACUACAUGGCCCACCUUCUCAACCUCCGCCCUGACAUGCUCAUGACCGGCAGCAGGCAGCACCUCUUCACGCAGGCAAUGGAGGAGGUUGAGCUCAUCUUGAAGGAUAUUGAGUCUCAGCAGCAGCAGCCGCAUAGCCUCAAGAAGCUCGGACGAGACAUCCUGGCAAAGAAGAUCAUCGACAAGGCAAAAGCUGAGGUCAAUGCUGAGGUCAAUGCUGCGAUCGACAUAGAAAUGGUAAGAGAACAAGAGAGGGAAAUCAGGGUGGAUGAGCCCCCUCCCCCCAAGUACCCUCUCGUCCAUGACGCAUGCAGGCUCGCAGAGGAGUUGAUGGAUAAGAUGGGCCGCAGAACACGGUGCCAAGUGAUGUACCGUGUGUGGGUGGGCAUGCUCUUCUACUCCGCCAGCAUGUGUAGGGGAUACCUACAUGCCAAGAGCCUCGGAGAAGGUGGCGAGUUCCUCUCCUUCGUCUGGCUCAUUCUCUCGCUCAAGGGCGCCAAGACCUUGGCCGACAAGCUCCAGAUGCCGGAGCCGGAGCCGGAGCCGGAGCGGGAGCCAGAGCCAAAGUCGGGGCCUUAUUCCCCUAGCCAAGAGAUAGUACAAGGAGAGCCUACCGCUACCGUCGCAACCACCGCCGACGAAGGCGAGGACCUCAGCUUCCUGCUUCCUCAUAGCCCUCGUUCAUAAUUACCUCCUAGUACUAAAUUAGUUGGCUCUUAAUUAUACUCUCUUCUCUAAAUUAGCUGUUAUGUCUAGUGAUAAUUAGUAUCUUGAGUGCUAAUGUACUAUUGCUAGCAAUUCUUGUACGUGUUUCUUUCCCUGAUGAAUUUAUGUAUUCCGGCCUCUAGCUAGAAGAAUACCAUUUCUUGCUUUAA